AGAGGAUCGUGAAGUAUUUGUGAGAGUAGCAAUUCAGAAGACUUGAGACCGUUUGAAACAACGUUGGAAUAUACUUUUAUUCCGUGCUGGAUUUAAUGCACACUAUGACCUUCGAAGAACUAAAUGGAGAUUAUUCGAGUGAAAGAAUGGAUUCUGUGUCAAAAGCACUGGAGGAGGUUUUGCGAACGGCAUUACCUCGAGGAUGCAUCACAGUUGGAGUUUAUGAAGCUGCAAAGUCACUGAAUGUCAGGGACCCGGAUAAUGUGGUGUUAUGCAUCCUCGCCACUGACGACGAAGAUGUGACAGACGUCGCCCUCCAAAUUCACUUCACCUUGAUACAGGCGUUCUGCUGUGAGAAUGACAUCAACAUUCUGCGAGUGAACAACACGCAACGGCUGGCAGAGAUUCUCGGUAGUGGAGUCAAACAAGGUGGAGAACCAAUGGAUUUACACUGCGUUUUAGUCACUAGCCCACAUUCGUCGACAUGGAAAGAUCCAGCUCUGAGCAAACUGAACCGUUUCUGCAGAGAGAGCCGCUGUCUGGAUCAGUGGGUUCCCAUCAUAAAUCUCCCUGAACGAUGAAGAGUCAGUGCCUUCAAUGGACCUGCUUUGGAUUAGUGUGAUUACUAAUGCACACCUCCUUAAGAAGGGAAAAUUGAAAAAAAAAAAAUUAAAAACUUCAAAAAUCCAGCAAAAAUGCACAAAAUCUCGCUGCUCGUACGGGAACCAAGGCGACAGAUUUCAGUUCGGAAGGAGGAAGUGCACAAACCUUUUGUCCUUGGCAAGCUAGUGACAUGAGUCAGCAGUUUCAGUGUUUCCUCACUGGGGGGUCUGGAGAGGACUUGCGAGAGGAAAAAAAUGAGGGUCAAAGAAAAGCAAAAUCAUGUAAGGAACUGAGCACCUUACCGACCUGUAAAAAAAAAUGUGUGUGUGUGUGUGUGUGUGUUUGUGGAGGAGUCAGUUUGAUUAAGCACCCGAGAAGCAGAGGGGCUUGGCACAAACCCAAGGACUCAUCCCUCACUGUUAAGAGGCUGGAGAUGUAAUUAGCACUUGGAAUUUUACUG